AUGUCGUUUGAUGGAACUCCGGCCGAGUAUACGAAAUUUCGUCGAUCGUUUGAUCUGCGGGUUAGAUGCAAACCCUUUACCGAUAGCUUUAAGCUUUCCCAGCUGCUGAUGUUGACAACCGGUAAUGCCCACAAGGCAAUCAUGCACCUUGAUGGUACAAGGGAGGGCUACGCCAAAGCCUUGGAUGUACUUAAGGACAGGUUCGGUCGGCCCUACCAGAUCGUUAAGUCAUGCUUGGAGAAAAUCACGUUUGGAAAGAGGAUCGGCCCCCAUGAUCCAAAGGGAUUGCUUGAGUAUUCCGACCACCUGAACGCUGUCUACGAGACUCUGUCCGACAUCGACCUACUUAGAGAGGCGGACACACAAACCACCUUGAAGGCCAUAUUUGAGCGAUUGCCGCCGGCAGUCCAGGUGAGAUGGGCGAAGAUGGUGUCACGUAUGGAAGAGGAGGAUAAGUUUCCGCAAUUGAAGGAUUUGGUUGAGUAUGUAAAGAAUCAAGCUAAGAUGAUGAACCAUGUGGUCUUUGAAGUCAAGUCAGUGGUAGCGGCAGCGCAACCAUCAGCUGCGGCGUGGAAAAACAGGACAAUGGCAGCAUUCCCACCAAAGGUAAAGGUUACCACACUUUCCACUCAGGCGGCGAGUGAAGAAAUGCAGAAGGGCGAAAAACCAGGGGGCGGGAAGCCGCAGUGCAAAUUUUGCAGGCAGGAACAUCUGAUUAUCCAUUGUCAGAAGUUCGAGAAGGAGGAACCCGCAGUCAGGAGGAGAUUUGCUAGGAACACUAUGCUGUGCUAUGGCUGCCUUGGCAGGUAUAAGAUUAAACACUGGAGAAAGAAAAGGCUGUGUAAAAGUUGUGGCGGUGAUCACCAUUCACUCCUCCAUACGCCAAGUCGUGGCGCAUCAGGUAAGGGCCAAGAGGAAUCCAUCGGACACCGAACACAGGGAGCUGAUGGAGCAGCUCGGCCAACCAGCAGGCAGGAUCGUUCAGGUCAAACCAAGACCCACAGUCAAACGGUUGGGUCGGUGGUAGCAUCAAAACCGGGAAAAGAUGCAGUGUUGCUGAAGGUGGUGCCUGUCCGUGUAAUUGCGGAGAACGGAAGAUCUUUCACAACAUGUGGUCUGCCAGACACUGGGUCUAGCACAACGCUGAUUACUAGGGAGUUAGCGGAUGCUCUGAAGAUGGCCAGGAGGAAGGAGACGAUCAUGGUUAACACUGUUCUAGCUCGAGGACAACGUCAGGAUGUCUCGGUCUGUAGUUGUAGCCUGCAGCCAGUUGGAGCUAACCAGUCAGUAAUACCUGUAAAUAAGGCCUACAUCGUUGCAGACCUUUACAUAAACAACAAGUAUCAUCCAAAGUCUGUCGAUCUGAGUGCAUGCGAUCAACUGCGGGAGAUUGAAUUUUCGACGACGGUUGAUUUUGACUCAGUCACAGUCCUUAUCGGAGAGAACGUACCUACAGCUCAUGCUGUGCCGGAAAGUCGCUAUGGUGAAGAACCUCAUAACCAACCUUAUGCGGUGAGAACACCAUUGGGAUGGUGUGUUGCAGGACCCACCAAUGAGCUGGCAUCGCCAGGGAUGAACGUCAGUUAUGUCGGGAUGAGUCAGGCAAAGGAGUUGGGAGUACAGGGUGGAGUUCAAGAUGUUGACCUCACAAAGGCCGUGGAGAAGUUAUGGGGAGUCGAGAAGCUUGGAAUCGAAAAUACGGGAGUACAGAUGAUGUCAGUUGAAGAUCGCCGUUCAUUUGCCAUGCUUGAAAGUGGUACACGUCAGACUGAUGAUGGUCAUUAUGAGAUUGGUCUCUUGUGGAAGAGCAGCCACCCAGUACUCCCGAACAACCCAAUGUUAGCAGAGAAAAGAUAA